AAACCCCUCUCUGAACCCUAUCUAUGUUCUGAAACCCUCCGAUCAGCAUUGCAACAAUGGCUCUCUCCAAGGCCACGUUUUUUACCCACCUUAGAGCCGCCGUGAUACAGCACAAGCACCGCCGUCCUCCAUCCUCCACGGUAUCCCUCCGCCUUCUCUCAUUCUCCUCCCCAGAAGAAGCCGCCGCCGAGCGCCGCCGACGCAAGCGCCAGCUCCGCAUAGAGCCCCCUCUCUCCGCCCUCAACCGUUCCCAACAGCAACAACAACAACAAACUCAGAAAUCGCAAUCCCCUCCGUACUACCUGAACCCUAACAAUCCCAAACUACCCGAACACGUGUCAGCACUAAACGGCAACCGUCUCAACCUUCAUAACAAAAUCUUAACCCUAAUUCGCGAGAACGAUCUCGACGAGGCGGCGCUCUACACGCGCCACUCCAUUUAUUCCAACUGCCGCCCAACGAUUUUCACCAUCAACGCCGUUCUCACCGCCCUCCUCCGCCAGUCACGCUACUCCGACCUCCUCUCUCUCCACCGCUUUAUCACCCAGGCCGGCGUCAUUCCAAACAUCAUCACGCACAACCUUGUAUUCCAGACCUACCUUGAUUGCCGGAAGCCUGAUACUGCAUUGGAGCAUUACAAGCAGUUCCUCAACGAUGCACCGAUGAACCCUUCCCCAACGACGUACCGGAUUCUGAUCAAGGGUUUGGUGGAUAAUGGGAAGCUUGAGCGUGCCUUGGAGAUCAAGGAAGAAAUGGAUUCUAAGGGUCUUGCAACUGACCCUCUCGUUUAUCACUAUUUGAUGCUUGGUCAUGCUAGGAAUUCGGAUUCGGAUGGCGUGAUUAGGUUGUAUGAGGAUUUAAAGGAGAAAUUGGGCGGGGUUGUUGAGGACGGUGUCGUGUUUGGGUGCUUGAUGAAAGGGUAUUUCUUGAAGGGGAUGGAGAAGGAGGCCAUGGAGAGUUUUGUGGAGGCUGUUGGGGAAGGUUCUAAGAAGAAGAUGAGUGCUAUCGCUUUUAAUUCUGUGCUGGAUGCCUUGAACAAGAAUGGGAAGUUCGACGAGGCAUUGAAGCUGUUUGAUAGGAUGAGGAGCGAACACAAUCCACCAUGGAGGCUGGCUGUGAAUUUGGGGAGCUUUAAUGUGAUGGUGGAUGGGUAUUGUGCUCAAGGAAGGUUUAAGGAGGCCAUUGAAGUUUUUGGGAAGAUGGGGGAGUAUAGGUGCAGCCCUGAUACACUGUCGUAUAACAAUUUGAUUGAGCAGUUGUGUAACAAUGGGAUGCUUGUGGAAGCUGAGGAGGUUUAUGGGGAAAUGGAGGGGAAGGGAGUGAACCCUGAUGAGUUCACUUAUGGCUUGUUGAUGGAUACCUGCUUCAAAGAGAGUAGGCCUGAUGAUGCUGCUGGGUACUUUAGGAAGAUGGUGGAUUCAGGGCUCAGGCCUAACUUGGCCGUUUACAAUAGGUUGGUUGAUGGCUUGGUGAAAAUCGGGAAGAUCGACGAGGCAAAGUCUUUCUUUGACUUAAUGGUGAAGAAGCUCAAGAUGGAUGUUGCUAGCUAUCAGUUCAUUAUGAAGGUGCUAAGUGAUGAGGGAAGGUUGGAUGAGGUGCUUCAGAUUGUUGAUACGUUGUUGGACGACAAUGGGGUUGAUUUCGACGAGGAGUUUCAGGAGUUUGUUAAGGGGUUGUUGAGGAAGGAAGGCAGAGAAGAGGAGUUAACGAAACUGAUGGAGGAGAAGGAGCGGCAGAAAGCCGAAGCAAAGGCUAAGGAGAUUGAAGCAGCUGAGGCUGCAAAAAGAAGUGCUAGAGCUGCAGUUGCUUCAUUGCUUCCUUCCAAGUUGUUUGGGAAUAAGGAUGCUGAUUCAGAGGCUAAAGAGCGCAAUGAUGCAAAUGCUUCUGAGCCAGAGUUGGCAGAGAGAAUAACUGAAACUGAGGGUUCAGUUGACGGAGAGACUAAAAAUGAGGUAACCGCUUGAAGUUGCAACUUCAUUAAUCUUGAUAUGCUUAGAUCAGGAAAUGUAAUGCAUGUGUUUCUUCUUUAUCAAAAAUAGUUUUGAAUCAUAAACUUAUGUUACCAAAUUUUCGAUUAAUUUUAUAUGUAAUUAAAUUGUUGGGGAAAGGAUUAUGCAGUUAUUGAGUUGAUCAAUUUCA